AUGACAAAAUUUGAGAUUCAGAGAAAUCAGAAAACUGCAGUUAUUACUCGAAAUUUGCUCAACUCAACUUCCGACCACAAGCUCUUGGACGAAGAUGAUGCGGACAAGAAAUCUGAUGAUUUUGCGCUUUCAGAGUCCUCGCUGGACUCCUUUCGCCCUGCCUCGAUUCACGUGUUUGCUUCCAAUGUUACUAUGCACGGAUUUUACCACAUCUUCGCUCGACAUCAUUCAUUAAUCCGUCGUUUUGCUUGGAGUUUGGCAUUUCUCGCCUCGCUGACCUUAUUGAUUUUACAGUCGUCUAAUCGUGUAAAUUACUACCUGGAGCGGCCUCACGUGACCAAGUUGGAUGAGAUUUCGGCCAUCAACCUUCGCUUCCCUGUCGUCACCAUUUGCAAUUUGAAUGAGUUUCGCUUCAGCCAAAUAACAAGAAAUGACAUGUAUCAUGCCGGUGAAUUUCUCGGCUUCCUGAACGAGCAACGUAAACUUCACCCCGCCGCCAUUCCAAAAGAGGACAUUGAGAACCCCGAGCAAUACCAAGCUGUUUACGACCGACUCGCAGAACUUUCCGACUUUUCUGGCGCUUUUAAACCAACUGCUGAUUUUAGCUUAUUCGAGUUUUACAACCGAACGGGAAUUCAACUAGAAGAGCUACUACUGGACUGCUUUUACCGAGGCGAAAAAUGCGGCUUCAAAGAUUUCAAGACGGUUUUUACCCGCUACGGGAAGUGCUAUUCCUUCAACCACCCGGACAAUGAAAGCGAAAUAAGGAAGACGCUCAAGGGUGGCGUCGACAAUGGCCUUGAACUCUUGCUCGAUGUCCAGCAGGACGAAUACAUGCCGAUGUGGAAGGAGUCAGACGAGAUCACUUACGAAGCGGGACUCAAAGUCCAGAUCCACUCUCAGGAUGAGCCGCCGUUCAUCCAUGAGCUUGGCUUUGGCAUUAGUCCCGGGCGGCAGACUCUGGUAUCGACCAGGGAGCAGCGCGUGUACUUCUUGCCGCCGCCAUGGGGUCUUUGCAACGACGGCUCGAAUAAAACCCAGCAUGCAAACUACGACAAGUACUCGAUAUCUGCCUGUCGAAUUACCUGCGAAACGAGAACGAUUGUGAAGGAGUGCAAGUGUCGGAUGAUUCACAUGCCCAACCUUGAAGAGGGAAAAGACAUUCCAUACUGCUUGCCAAAACAGUACCAAUGCGCGGGAACGGAUAGCCAGCUCAAUUUCUUGGUGGCAGAAGAUAAUGUUGCUUGUGUUUGUGACACUCCUUGUGAUGUUGUCAGAUACUCGAAAGAGCAAUCGUCACUUCUACUGCCAUCGGAACAAGCGAUUGACUACAUGAGCUGGAAAUACAACAAAACUCCUCCUUAUGUUAAACGAAACUUUGCUAAGUUGAACGUCUACUUUGAAGCUCUCAACUACGAAACUGUAGAACAAAAGAAAGCUUACGAAGUUCCUGGCUUACUCGGUGAUAUCGGCGGUCAAAUGGGCCUCUUCAUUGGUGCGUCGAUCUUGACCAUUCUUGAGCUUUUCGAUUACGUUUAUGAAGUCAUCAAGGAAAAAUCUUGGGGAAAAACUCUGCGAAAGCGGAAGAAGGAAAAAGAGAUUGCCACUGCUCGUGCGAUCAUAGAAGAGUACCGCCAAAAACACGCGCUGAUGGGAUCGAACGACGACGUCAGAUCAGACACGGACGACUCCAAAACACCGCCCAAAACAAAGUGUAUAAUCACGCAUAUAAACUAA